GGACCUAUUGGAGGAGAUGUGUUCCGGCCACUGUUGCCAGAUUGGGCGAGACAUCUGUCCCAAUCUGGCAACACUGGUUCCGGCACCAUCUUGCUUACGCCCAUCCGAUUCUUUUGGAAAACAGUUCGGGCGUGAGGGUCUGGGAGUUGUGACUAUCCCGGCUUUGAUCACGCAGAGAGAGGGGUAGUUUCAAGGAAGUGACGGACUGCACUCAGGGGGGGGGGGGGGGACUGGUCAAAGGAAGUUUCCUUAGCGGAGCUGAACGAAACUUUCCCCUGAGCGCCAACUGUGGACCCGGGUCUUCGGGAGAGCAGCGCCGCUCGGAUAGAAACAACCGUGCAGCCGGGAAAAGGACUCCCGUAUAUUUUGCUUCUGCGAGGGAAAGUUCGGAUCAGUAUUGGGAAGGGAUCGCAAAGGAAUUUUACUCCCCUUUUCCUCCCCUGAUCCUUCAGAUUCCCCUUUCGAUCCGUGAUGGGGAAGGAGCAGGAACUCCUUGAGGCGGCGCGCACCGGGAAUCUCGCCUCCGUAGAGAAGCUUUUAUCUGGGAAACGACAAUCUGCCGGGACUGGCAGUGGCUUAUCGGGGACUGGUGGAAGUGGGAACAGCAGUGGUCACAGUGCCGCCUCUCACCCGCUCUCUAGUUUACUCAGUAUCUGGAGGGGUCCCAAUGUGAACUGUGUGGACAGCACUGGAUACACACCGCUCCACCACGCCGCUCUGAACGGACACAGUGAUGUGGUUGAGGCGCUACUCCGUAACGAGGCCUUCACCAACAUCGCCGACAACAAGGGCUGCUACCCUCUGCACCUGGCCGCCUGGAAGGGCGACCAGCAGAUUGUCAACCUGCUGAUCCACCAGGGGCCCUCGCACCCCAAGCUCAACGAGCAGAGCUCUGUAGACCCUAGAGAGUCCAAACGAUGCGGGCCCUUUGACCCCUAUAUUAAUGCCAAGAACAACGACAAUGAGACCCCCCUGCACUGCGCGGCGCAGUACGGCCACACGCAGGUGGCGCGCCUGCUGCUGGAGGAGCUCACGGACCCCACCAUGCGCAACAACAAGUUUGAGACGCCGCUGGACCUGGCGGCGCUGUACGGGCGGCUGGAGGUGGUGAAGCUGCUGCUCAGCGCCCACCCCAACCUGCUGGGCUGCAACACCAAGAAGCACACCCCGCUGCACCUGGCCUCGCGCAACGGGCACCUGGGCGUGGUCGAGGUGCUGCUGGACACCGGCAUGGACAUCAACUACGAGACUGAGAGGGGCAGUGCCCUCCACGAAGCGGCUCUCUACGGGAAGGCGGACGUGGUGCAGCGGCUCCUCAGUGCAGGGAUCGAGGCCAGCAUCACGGACAUCAGGGGUCUGACGGCGCUGGACACCGUCAGGGAGAUGCCCUCACAGAAGAGCAGGGAGAUCGCAGCUCUCAUACACGGUCACAUGGUUGGAAAGCCUCCGGACCUGGACCUCCCUCCCCCGCCCAUCCCCCCACCUCAGGAGAGCCCCAGUCCCAGGAGGAGAGGUGAUCUAGAGAAGAUGGGUGAGCUGAUAUCUGGGAUGGCCUCGCGGCCGGAGGAGGAGAGCCCGUAUGAGGCCCUGUUUGAGGCCACGUCCUGCCACUCCCUGGACAGCCUGGCCAGCGGCAAGUCCUCCGACCGGGACUCUGGCCGGCCCGACAGCGACGCCGGCAAAAAGGAGCGCCUGGCCCACCCGUGUCACCCCGUCGCCGGUCACGAAGAGGAGAUGAGCUCGGAGGCGCUGUACACGCACAGCAGCAUCGACGAGCGGGGGGAGCCUGCGGAGGAGGAGGGGGACCACACGUACGAGCUGCUCUUCUCGGCGCAGACCAGAUCCUCGCCCACAAGCCACAAGACCCUGCCCACCAGAGAAGAGAAAAACACAGUGCACAGUUCCAACAGUGUCCUACCUCAGCACCGUAAAACGCCCGCCCCCAACGACCAGAGACCCCCGGGACACAAGACGAAAGACAGCCUCCAGCCGCCCGGGCCCCGGGCCCCUGGAGCAGACGUCUCCCAGCCCAGCGAGGAGCAGCCAGGGGCAGGUGUCCCUGAGCAGUUCACCGGCCUGCUCCACGGCUCCUCCCCCGUCUUCGACUGUCGCGAGGAGCCUUUCCGGUUGCCGGGGGUGACGGCGACGCCGACGCCGGCCAGCCAGCCUAAACCGGAGGGCAACGCGCCGGAGGCCAAAGCCCCGGAAGCAAAGCCUCCGACCAAAGCGAAGGCCCCUCCCACGGCCGCGCCAGCACCAGCGGCGGCGGCAGCUACACCGUCCCCGCCCCGGCCCAACAUGGCCGCCAUCCUGACAGACUUUGACCCCAAAGCCAUCUACGCCACUGUGAGUAAGGAGCCCCGGGACGGCGGCGGCGCCGGGGGGAGCCCCGCCGGCCGGAUGCGCCCCCCCGGGGACCUGAAGCUGGCCAGGAGCCUCUCCAAGUCGGACUCGGACCUGCUGGUGUCCCCGCCCGGCGAGGAGGACGGCUGUCUGGGCAGCCGCAGCGAGUCGGUGUCCAACUGCAGCGCGGGCAAGAAGAGGCUGGAGAAGUCGCCCUCGUUCACCUCGGAAUGGGACGAGCAGACCCUCAUGGCCCCCCCCAUCUUACGGCCACGGCGAUCUAAUUCUGUUGACAGCAUCGAGAAGAUCAUGACACUAAUCGGAGCAGGCAUCGAUUUCACCAGAGACCAGCAGUACACAACGCCAGGCGCCGCCGGCCGCCUGCUGGAGCAGCCCGUGGGGGACUGGCUGGAGCACGUGGGGCUGCCGCAGUACGAGAGCAAGCUGCUGCUCAACGGCUUCGACGACCUGCACUACAUGGGAAGGAAUGUGAUGGAAGAGCAGGACCUGAGGGAGAUUGGAAUCACGGAUCCCAGCCACAGGCGGAAGAUCCUCCACGCAGCUCGCUCCCUACCCAAGGUGAAGGCGCUGGGCUGUGACGGCAACACGUCCCUGUCUGCCUGGCUGGACAGCCUGGGUCUGCAGGAGUACCUGCACAACUUCCUGGCCAGCGGAUACCGAACACUGGAGUGUGUCAAGACCCUGUGGGAGCUGGAGAUUGUCAAUGUACUGAAGAUCGCCUUGCUAGGACACAGGAAACGCAUCAUCGCCUCGCUAGCAGAGAGACCCUAUGAGGAGCCUCCGGUCAAACCGCCUCGUCUCUCUCAGAUCAGGUGUCAGGACCUGCCCAGCUCGCUAAGCUCCUCCCCUCUGACUCACCUGGACUCCUACGCCGGGGGGCGCUCCAUGGACCUGCUUCUGCCCCUGCCCGAGUCCGGGAGGAAGAAGAGCGCCGACCUGGACCACGAGGCCGGCCAGCGGGCCCGCAGCGAGAGGCACAGGACCCACGAGCGGAACGAGGAUCGCUACAGGGAGCCCCGUCUGACCCUGCGCCCCCCCAGCCAGGCCGCCCCCUACGCUCCGGUCCAGAACUGGCAUCACCAACCCGAGAAACUCAUCUUUGAGUCCUGCGGCUACGAGGCAAAUUACUUGGGCUCCAUGCUGAUCAAGGAGCUGCGGGGCACUGAGUCCACGCAGGACGCUUGUGCCAAAAUGAGGAGAUCGACGGAACAGAUGAGGAAGGUGCCGACCAUCGUCCUCUCCAUCACCUACAAGGGGGUGAAGUUCAUCGACGCAGCCAAUAAGAACAUCAUCGCGGAGCACGAGAUCCGGAACAUCUCAUGCGCGGCCCAGGACCCAGAGGACCUGUGCACGUUCGCCUACAUCACCAAGGACCUGCAGACCAGCCACCACUACUGCCACGUGUUCAGCACCGUGGACGUGAACCUGACCUAUGAGAUUAUACUGACGCUGGGACAGGCGUUCGAGGUGGCCUAUCAGCUGGCUCUUCAGGCCCAGAGGGCAAAGCAGCACCACAGAGUUCCAGUGGGCCCCGGGUCAGAGGUCAUUGACACCACGUCGAGCCGGCCCGUACCUAAACCACGAGGAAGUGUGCGGAAAUCAGGGGACUCUCCACCUCUGGACAGUCGUUGCUGUGUCUGUUACACCUGCACCCCCCUUCGCCCCUCCUUACCACCACUGCCUGACUCCCAGGGGGACGGGGUGGAGCGGGAGACGGACGGCCAGUCCCAGGGCAGCGCCACCUGGCUGGUGGACCCCAAGGACGCCAAACGCACUAUCAGCACUAACUAAACACCUUGGCCAAACUACCAGCCAGUGUAAGAAGACAGGGGUGCGCCACAGUGCAUUGUGGGUAGGGUGUUUCAAAUGGAAAAGUGACCCACUUUCCCUGCAGCCGAUCGCAACAUCGUCUUGUGGGCCAUGCCUCCAAACCACAGCAUGAGCCAGGAGGGGUCAAGGAAACGCACCUGGGAGGAGGGGCCCUCUCACGGGCCCUUCACCCACUGACUUGAACUGUGCUUCAUUGGGUCUCUUUAGGGGUCUAUCAGAGUGUCAUCCAUGUUUCUCGUAUCAAACUAACUUAAAUAUCCAUUCCAUGAGCAAUGGUGGCUCUUGGUCGAGCAGCCCUAUAUACUCUGUCGUUCUUUUGUCUUUCGGCUCUCCUAUUUUAGCUCAUGUUUACUCCUUAAAGUAAGGUAUUGGUCCGAAAGUCUCUGUGUUGGGAAAAAACGAACAAGCAAACGCAGCAGAGGCUUGUCCUUUUCUAUUAUUCUUUUGUCCACGCUGGUUAUUUUGGUUUGUUUUAAGGGAACAGUUAAAAAACUAACACUGAAAUGUGAGAGGCUAAACUCGGAGGUACACCUGUCUCUUCGUAUGAACGACAUGUCCAACUGUUGUAGCUCAUCCUAACUGCCAACUCGUCGUCUGGCCUUCUAAUAAGCAGCUACGAGAGGGUGAAACACAAUACUACGGUACUAACUGGUUUUUAAUGACAGCGGGCAUCAUUUUUAAUUCAUUUUGUUUUUAGCUGUCUGUGUCAGACGAGGAUCCUUCCUGAGGCUGGGAACUGGGUCAGGAAGGAUUGGCGAUAACUUCUCCCCCCCGCCAGCCCUUUUGUUUACUGCAUCUGAACCCAUUUGAUUCAUCAAACCUGCCGUGCAGCCUGGUACCUCCUUUAGACUCUGUUUUGUUUCUUUUUAGCUGCAGAACAAUGGAGGCACUGCAUGCGUCUCCCAUCUGCCUCAGUGUGUGGACUGGUAGCGGCACUAUUUGAUCAGCUGUGUGUAUAUGGGUACCUAAAGGUAAAUCAGGUCGUUAGGAUGGAACGGUUGUAGAUGUGAUUCUCUGGUACAUUGUCUGCUGCUGCUCGGUGUGUACGUGGGCGUCUUCAGCCCCUCCCCCCGUAUAGGGUCCCCAAUAAGCUUUUGCACAUCGCUAAGGAUUUAGAAUAGGGACUAAUCAGAUAUUAAUAAUAAUGAUGAUGAAAAUAAUAAUAAUGACGAUGGUUACGAGGAGAAUGACGUUGUGCAUAUGGUUCUAGCAGUUUGUAUUUUGAUACUUGAAUGAUUUUUCUUUUAUAGAUAUCUAUAUAUAUGUAUGUAUGUAUGUAUGUAUGUAUGUAUUUUUUGACAUGUUUGUCAAGAGAGAGAAAAAGGACUACACGGUUCUACAUAUCAUUAAUAAAAAGCCUGUGAUUAAAAAAAAGACUAGGAAUAAUGACUCAGAGGAGGGACCUGACAUAAAUAUAUCUACAUAUAUAUAUGUAUAUAUAUCUGUGUAUAUAUAUAUUUAUGUGUGUGUGUAUAUAUGUAUGUGUAUGUAUAUAUAUGGAUCUGUGUAUGUGUAUAUAUAUAUAUAUGUAUGUAUAUAUAUGUAUACAUUAUUAUAUUAGUGUAUGUAUGUAUAUAUAUAUAUAUGUAUGCAUAAAUAUGUGUAUAUAUACAUGUAUGUAUACAUAAAUACACAUAAGAGAAGAUUGUAAAUAAUCUUGGGUCUUUUUUUUAUGGUUAUUAUUUUUCAUAAGUGUACGACUAAUAAAUGGCGAAAUCUGAAUGAUGCCGAUGAUCA